CAGAUGGGUGCCGCCUUUCAGGCCACUGUGAUCUGUUUGAUUUUACUUCAUGGAUGCAAUGCCGCUGCCCAAGAUGAUGAAUGGAAGUCCGCCACCGCAACGUACUCCAAAGAAACCGAAGGCUCUAUCAUCAUAGAAGGAGCUUGUGGGUACGGCGACCUUCACAGGAGCAGCUACGGAAAGUACAGCGCAGGGCUAAGUAGUAUGUUGUUCAACAGAGGGAGCACCUGCGGGAGUUGCUUCGAGGUGAGGUGCGUCGACCAUAUCCUGUGGUGCCUACAGGGAAGCCCAUCCGUAACUCUUACUGCCACCGAUUUCUGUCCCCCGAAUUACGGGCUUCCGGCUGAUUAUGGUGGGUGGUGCAAUUUCCCCCGCGCACACUUUGAAAUGUCGAAAGCUGCCUUUGCUGAAAUCGCAGAGAAAAGAGCUGACAUAGUUCCGGUCCAGUACAGGAGGGUUAAGUGUGAGAGAAGUGGGGCAAUAAGGUUUACCGUUUACGGGACAUCAUUCUACUAUCAAGUCCUCAUCACCAAUGUAGGAUCGGAUGGGGAAGUCGUUGGAGUCAAAGUGAAGGGAUCCAAGACAGGGUGGAUACCCAUGGGAAGGAACUGGGGACAGAAUUGGCAGUGCAAUCUCAACCUCUCCGGACAGCCUCUCUCGUUUGAGGUCACCACCAGCACUGGAAGAACAGUAACCUCCUACAAUGUUGCUCCACCAACCUGGAGAUUUGGUCAGACAUUUCAAGGAAAACAGUUCUAGUAUCAGACAGAUAUUUUAGGUAGUAUACUUUUACAAGUCAGGCGGUUAAUCGAACAAGAAAUGUCUACCCACGUGGAAGAUAUCACCUUGUAGUCAUUCACUUACCCAGGCAUAUCCUUGGGGUUAACAUCAUCGUUACAAGACGAUGAGAAUAUUUGAGAAAGACCUCAAGUUAUUCAUCCGGCUUAAAGAAGAGCCUUGAUGUUUCUUUUUUGCAAAA